AUGGCGAGCGUCCAGAUUCACCUAAAGCCUCGACCAAUCUCCCCAGUACAUGGCCACUCUAAAUACCUACCAUUUCAUUGGCCCUCCGAUUUUGAGUACGGACCAUUCUUUGCUGAACAUGCAACAGUACCCCCCGAUGCCACAGAAGUCUACACUCUGCAGUCUCCUGCUCUAUCCGCUUCACUCUCCGCACUCUUCAACACUGUUAUACCUGGUCUUGAUGCCGAAGUUCCCGAUCCCAACAGAUUAUGCCGCUCUGCGUGGCCCGCUCUUCUUCAGCUUGCGGUGACAAAACUCUCUUUGGCGUUUGAGUUCCGCACCGAGUGUGAAAACCACAUUGUUCGACUCUUCGAAGGCGACCGUGCGCCAGUUCCCCCACCUCCAAGUAUGCGUGCGCCGUCACUUUCGCCCGAGUGGUAUGCAAUAAUAUUCUCUACCGGAGAUCGUGGUGACGUUGAACUGCGCGGCGACGAGUCUCAGGAUAUUGAAUUGGAAUUAUUCGUCUGGGUAUAUAUGCAGCAAGCAGUAGAUAACUAUACUCACAUCUGGGGAUGUUAUCGCCGGGAGAUGUAUCAGUUGAUACAUAUGAUUGCUCCAGUUCAUUUACGCACUGAAAAUUCUGGCUUGUUCAACUUCCUCAGUAGAAAGGCUUAUGCCCUUGCGUCCAUAUUUACCACCGAGACAUCAGCCGACGACAGCUGUCCACCUCUCCUUUCGCCAUCCUCCAGCAAUGGAUCAUCGGCUACUGAUGCAACAGACUCGUCGGACUCUUCCCAUGCUGGUUGUCUUGACGAAGAUGCGAACUCGUCUUCUCUAUACCGUCCGUUUCGGCGCAGGAACCUUGCUAUUGUCUCCGAAUCUGUUGAUCUGUAG